AUGAAGGCUACCGGACUUUCGAAGGGAUUGUUCCUGGCGCAGUUCUUUGCUGCUAUUACCCUUGGAUAUGCUUCGAAGACUCCACUCUACAAAGAUGCCGGUGCACCUGUUGAAAAAAGGGUUGAGGACUUAUUGGGUCGAAUGACGAUCGAGGAUAAGAUGGCGCAGUUAAUACAAGGUGACGUUACGAAUUGGAUGAACCAAACUUCGGGGGCAUUCAACUAUACGGGACUCGUGGAGAAUAUGGAAAUGAAGGCUGGCUCGUUCUACGUGGGAUAUCCUGUUCCGUGGGAUUGGAUAUCGGAUAACAUCAAGAGAGGCCAAGACUAUCUUCUUCAGAAUACUACACUUGGAAUCCCUGCUCUGGUUCAAACUGAAGGCAUACACGGAUUCUUGAUUGGCAAUGCUACAAUCUUCAAUUCUCCUAUUGGCUUUGGAAGCUCAUGGAAUCCCGAGCUAGUCCAGAAGAUGGCCGAGGUCAUCGGCCGCGAAGCCCGAGCACUGGGCGCCAGUCAACUCUUUGCUCCUGAGGUUGAUUUGGCUCGUGAACUCCGCUAUGGUCGUGUUGAAGAAACUUUCUCCGAAGAUCCCUUCCUGGCAGGCGAGAUCGGGUACAGCUACGUAACAGGUCUGCAGAGUAAGAACGUUUCGGCGAUGGUGAAGCACUUUGUCGGAUUCAGCAACCCGGAGCAAGGAAUAAACACGGGGCCUGUGCAUGGGGGUGAGAGGGAGUUGCGAACCACCUGGAUGCCCUCGUUCAAGCGCGCUAUUAUUGAUGCCGGUGCUUGGGCAAUCAUGGCGGCGUACCAUUCAUAUGAUGGUGUUCCCGCAGUGGCCGAUUACCAUACUCUCACGGAAGUUCUGAGAGAGGAAUGGGGCUACGACUACUUCGUUAUGACUGAUGCCGGUGGAAGUGACAGACUAUGCAGCUACUUCAAGAUGUGCCAGAGUGACCCUAUUGAUAUGGAAUCGGUCACGGAGCAGCUAUUGACCGCCGGUAUUGAUGUUGAGAUGGGAGGCGGUUCCUUUAAUUUCCAGAAAAUCCCAGAGUUGGUCAAGUCUGGAAAGUUGGACGUAUCCUACGUCAACACUGCAGUAUCCAGGCUGCUUCGAGUCAAGUUUGAAAUGGGACUCUUCGAAGAACCAUAUCCCGCUGCACCGGAGAACCAGUGGCAUAAGCUCAUCAACAAUGAUGAGGCAAAGCAGAUCGCGAGGGAUCUAGACAAAGAGUCUAUCAUCCUCUUGGAGAACCACAAUGAGACACUACCACUGGAGAAAUCGGGCAGUAUUGCAGUGAUUGGACCUAUGGCUCAUGGGUUCAUGAACUACGGCGACUAUGUAGUUUACGAGAGCCAGUACCGCGGCGUGACUCCACUCGAGGGCAUCAAAGCCGCAGUCGGCGACAAAGCCGAGAUCAACUACGCCCAAGGCUGCGAGCGAUGGAGCAACGAUCAAUCUGGAUUUGACAAAGCAAUCGAAGCAGCAAAGAAAUCCGACGUUGCCGUUGUAGUAGUUGGAACCUGGUCUCGCGACCAAGUCCAGCUCUGGGAGGGUCUAAAUGCAACCACCGGUGAACACGUCGACGAAGAUGACCUGUCACUUGUCGGAGCUCAGGCUCCUCUGAUCAAAGCUAUUGUCGAUACUGGUGUCCCCACUGUGGUUGUCUUGUCGAGCGGAAAACCCGUUACAGAGACUUGGCUUUCUAACUCCACUUCGGCACUGGUGCAACAAUUUUACCCAUCCGAGGAAGGUGGAAAUGCUCUCGCUGAUGUGCUGUUCGGUGACUAUAACCCCUCUGGAAAGCUAUCUGUCAGUUUCCCUCGCUAUGUGGGCGAUCUGCCCAUCUUCUACGAUUUCCUGAACUCGGGUCGCUCCAUUGGGGACUCGGGCUAUGAGCUCAGUAAUGGGACUCUUGUCUUUGGGCAUCAAUAUGUUCUAGGCAAUCCGACGCCAUGGUAUCCAUUCGGCUACGGCAAAAGUUACUCCACUUUCGAGUAUGGGUCUGUUAGUCUCGACCGGAGCAGGAUUUCUGCAUCAGAGAGCACCGUGACUGUUAGCGUUAAUGUGACCAAUACAAACUCGAAGCGGGAUGGAACGGAGGUCGUCCAGGUUUAUGUCUCGGAUGAGAUUGCUACGGUUGUUGUUCCGAAUCAAUCGCUGAAGGGCUUUGCCAAGGUGGUGAUUCCCGCUGGUAAGACCGAGACUGUCAAGAUCCCGAUCAAGGUUCAAGAUCUUGGGCUGUGGAAUAACAGGAUGAAGUAUGUGGUGGAACCGGGUAACUUUACUGUGAUGGCUGGAAGUAGUUCGGGGGAUAUAAGGGGAAAUACCACGCUCACUGUGUUGUGA